AAAAAUAAAUAAAUAAAAAGAAAUCAAAAUGGCUCUCCUAUAAAGAAGUUAAGAAGCCUCUCUCAACCAUUCAAAGCCUCUCAAACUCAUUCAGGUUUUGGUGGUGUUCUUCGGUGAAUCCUUCUUCAUCUUCUUCUUCCUCUCAAUGGCCGUCUCUCGAGGCAAGUGGAUCAAGCUGGAGCAGAAGGAGAUUGGACCCGGAGAAAGAAGUUCCCACGCCAUAGCGGUAAUAGGACAGAAGGCUUACGUGUUCGGAGGUGAGCACUCGCCACGUGUCCCAGUGGACAACAAACUCCACGUCUUCGACCUUCAAGACUUAACCUGGUCCGUUGCCGAUGUCACCGGCGAUAUUCCACCGCCACGUGUCGGUGUCACCUUGUCUGCUGUCGGUAACACCAUCUACGUCUUCGGUGGCAGGGAUGCUGACCACACAGAACUCAGUGAGCUCUAUUCUUUUGACACGUCUACCAACGAGUGGACCCUCCUGUCUAGUGGGGACAUCGGUCCCGAUCACCGGAGCUACCAUUCCAUGAUUGCCGAUGACGACCACGUGUACGUCUUCGGUGGCUGCGGUGUCGCCGGCCGGUUAAACGAUCUCUGGGCAUUCGGAAUCAAGGACCACAAGUGGGUCAAGUUUCCGGUACCGGACUCUUGCCGUGGUAGAGGUGGGCCUGGUUUGGCAGUGGUUGGUGGGAAGAUCUGGGUCGUUUAUGGAUUCGCCGGGGAAGAGAUGGACGAUGUACACUGUUUUGACUUAGUCAACGGAGAGUGGUCCCAAGUGGAGACGACUGGUGAGAAGCCCACAGCUAGGAGCGUGUUUUCAACGGCUGCGAUUGGACGAUACAUAUUUAUCUAUGGUGGAGAGGUGGACCCAAGUGAUCUGGGGCACAUGGGAGCUGGGAGGUUUACUGAUGAGGUCUACACGUUGGAUACGGAGACGAAGGUGUGGAGCAGAUGGGAUGAUGUGGCAGAUUCAAAGGAGCAUCCGGGGCCACGUGGAUGGUGUGCUUUUUCAGCAGGGACGCGAGAUGGGAAGGAGGGAUUGUUAGUGUACGGCGGAAAUUCACCAAGUAACGAUAGGCUCGGGGAUAUUUUCUUCUUUACUCCUUAUUUGGAAUGAUGCAAGUGUGGAAUUGUGUAAAGCAGCCAACGAUCUAACGGUGUGAUGAUGCGGUGGGUUUUUUUUUUUUUUUUUUGGUAAUGGUGCGUUGUAGUUUUGUACUCAAUAAAGACUUUGUUGCAAUGGAUUGUAUUUUGAGCCCACUAAAUCAGUUUUGGAUAUCUCUGUAUUUUCAGAAUGGUUCUUUUGUUCGUAACUGGACUUUUUUGCCCUCAUAGAGAGAGAGAAGGA